AUGGACCACAUCCGCGACCACACUUAUGGAAUGCGCAUUGGACAUGCUUUCAACAAUGAAGCUGUCUUGACUGGAGACAUGUUGGACCAGGCCUAUCAGGAGGGGAGGCGCAUUGCACUUGCUCUGAGGCAUGAAAUUGAUUAUGCUGAAGACGUGGACGAGCACUUACUGGACGAGGCCUACCAGGAGGGGAGGGUCAUAGCACUCCAUGUGAAGCACGAUGCUGUCCCAACUGAAGCCAGGCCAAUCAACGCCAAGGAUGGGACUAACAGUGUUGUCAAGCUGUUGUUGAGCGUCGUCAUUUUCACAUGCCCUGGUACGGAGGACUCCCAGGCCACGACUACUGCAGGGAAUUCCCAGCCAAGAGUGUUUGCUCAAGAAGAAUUUGACCGAAACAUGGAGAGGCUGUCAAUGACUUCUGGGUCAUUCCAUACUGAUGUGCCUGCUGUGCCUCUGCAAAGCUCCUCGUCUUGGUCCUUGCGUCAGCUGACAGCCCAAGAACAGUGGAAGGAAGCUCGGCCAGACCACCUGCAAUAUCUACUGGCAACUGAGGCUGUUGGCCAGGAGUUGUGCUCUAUCUGCCAUCAGGCUGCUGUUAUAAGGUGCAGAGACUGCCUUCCCGAGGAGUGGUUGUGUGAGGCCUGUGAUGUGUUGCACCAUAAAAGAUGGCCACUCCACAACAGAGACAGCGUGGUGGAUGGCUUCCUCAAGGCCAUCCCACCAUCCACAUGCUAUACUAAAGGGGAAACUGGACACUACAUCUCACACAAGCAAGCUUCCAUUUUACCCACAGUGCGCGCACCACAGCUAUGCUCAUGUGAAGUUGCUGACGUCACUAUGUCUCCAGGCAGAGAAGUCAUCCUUAUCACCAUAAACGAUCUAAUCAAGAGUGGUUACUGGCCAGCCUCUUCACAUUCCCAGACCCUGUACACUAUUGACCUCUUCCACUCAUUCCAAGACCUGAAGUCAGGGCAAAUCAAUGGGGAUGCACUUCAGCGGAGCUUCCUGGAGUUCAGCUAUUGCUCGUUUGAGGAGGACCAGCUCUGCUGUGCGACCCCGUUCACCUGCCCCGCCUGUACCCCAGAAAUGGUGGCUGUAGCAGCUGAUGGAAACCGGAAGCUUUACCGCUUUAAACGAUCCAGCGGCUUCGAAAACACUGCAUUUUUUGAAGGGCUGUUUCUUGCCAAGGACAGUAAGGUGUCAGCUUUUGUUGACACCAUUAGGACUGCAGUGAAAAGCACGCAAGGCAAAGCAACAUGCGGUGCUUCGCAGUGGGCAGCAGCCAGGGAAACCUCACGGAGGGCCAGUAAACUCGAUGAGGAGGGCGUUGAGGUAGCCAGAGAAAUUCAGGCCACAGCAAAUGUCAAAUUCUUUGCCAUGGAUGUCACCUGCAAGUACUGGCCAUACCUCCAAAAGGUAGUGGCUGCCCUUCCACCACUCCAGGGGCUCUUGCAGAUGAGGCCAUUCCUCAGCAUCAUGCAUGCCAGGGCUCAUGCCACAAAGUGUGAGCUUAAAUGGAGUGGCAGGAAUCAGGAGGGAGCGGGCACAACGGCUGGUGAAGAGGUUGAGCAGGUGAACAGCUACCUCUCCCGUUGUGCUCUGACAACAAAAUAUAUGUCUAAAGCAGCCCGUGUGGACAUGCUGACUGUCCAUGCAAUGGAAUGGAACAGGCACAAGGGAGACAAUCUCCACAAGGCCCUCUCCACAAGAUAUGUGAAGACUUGUCAAAGAGCUGUGGAGGAGACAGCAAGACUUCUAGAGCUCAGAGAAGAGGUCCAUUGCUCAGAGGAGAUGGCACUGCAGUGGGUUAUGGAUGUUCAGGAAUGGGCUGGGGAGACAACAGAUGCCGCCAGUGAUCAACGAUCCCUGCAACAACAGUCCAUUGAGGGGCUUCAUCUGAGCCUUCACCACAGAAAACAGAGCCUCUACCGUCAAAAUGACAGCAACAAGCUUCGUCACCGCCUGCGCAAAAAUUUGGCGAAAGACAAGCGGCGUCUCUUCGAACAGAUUGCCGAAUACAACAGGCUGGUGUCAGAGAUGCAGAUCAAUGUGGCAGUGGUCGAGAGGGUAUAA